AUGGCCGAUCUGGCAGACAAGCUCAGGCAUGCCCGCUCCAGGGCCCAUGACCUCCUGUGCGGCCUGCACCACCUCACCGGGCAGUGGCCUUUUGGCCUGGUGGUGGUCAAGCAGCAUCCCGAGGCAGUCAACAGGCUUGUGCGGAGAUUCCCAGACCACCCUCAGCUGUUCUGGGACAAGAUGGACAAGAAUGCCACAUCUGCUUUUGUUCAGAAUGCUGGGACGCUCAUUGAGAGUCUGGAGCAGGGGUAUUGCCAACUUGAGCUCUACACAUGUGCCCAUGCAGCAGCCCGAGGAGUGGACCCUCGCCACAGGCCGCAGCUGUGCAAUUUUAUACUCACGUUUGAGGCCGAUCCUCUUGAAGUGCUAGCAAACGAGUUUGGCCAACAACUGCCACGUGUGAGACAGGCUUUGGAGCACGUGUUGUGUCCAGUGUUGAAAGGCAUAUCCUCAUCAGUGGAAGUUUGCCGCAAGGGCGCUUUCAGGCCGGGCGCAGAAACGCCGGCAAUUGCUGGGUUGUCAGAGGACGCCCUGUGGCAGUGCUUGGCAUGCCUCAAGGAAAUGAAGGAAUUCGUUCUGUGGGGAUGUUUGCUUUUCCCAGGUGUCGUCAGCAGUCCGUUAGUCAGGGAUGUGGUGGGGAGACUCCUGAAGGGAGUCGUGUCGCUUCCACUGUGCCGCGACACAUGCGAGGCGAUCCUCCCACUGUACAAUCGCCGCGUCCGCCCGUUCCUUGAGGAACAGUGCCGUGCCCUUUCAAACAACAUUUGCGGCAAGGAACAGAGGGAUGGUGUGAAGCGCGAGUUUGCGGCGUUCCUGGCGGGUCUAUCGUCAGCGGCAACAUCCUGGAAGGACCUGCACAACGCGAACAGAAUCGCUGUGGCUGGACAGAUUCGAACGCUGACGGAGUGCCUCAAAGCACGACCGAUAGAACUUCCAGCCCAAGCGCCCAAAUGUCUGGCAGCUUUGUCUUGCUCGAGAGAUGAGGUCUUCAUGUAUUUUCGGCACGAAGGAGCGAAGAAAGCAUCGCGCGUCCCUGCCUUAGCUCACACUCAUGCGGCCACCCCGGCGAAUUUACCACCGGAGCUCGGAGUAUCUGCCCUCAUCUCCGCCAUGGUUGACAUGCGGAGGCUUCUCUUGUCUUACAAGACCGCCAUAACGGCUCAUUGGGUCAAUAGAAUCAAGGACACAGUUGUGAACUUAAGAGCCUGUUUGACACGCCUGGGGUCAAAGAUUGACUGCAAGUUGAACGGAGAUGCUGCCACAGAAGGCGUGCUGGAACGGCUGAUCGUGCAGCUUGAAAGGUUGGAAAUGGAUGGACACUCGUGCAACGCUAACAACGGUGCAGAACAUUCAGCCAACGGUGGCACACCAGCAGAUCUGGAAACGAAAUGGAAGGACAUGCUGUCGAUCAUUGACGAUGGUCGCAUCCUGGCUACCCACAUGCUCAAAGAAGAACUGACAGAGGACAAAAGCCUCCUCCAUCAACUCCGUCAGUGUCUGCGCCUUCUCCGCACUGCGGCCACGCGGUUGCGAUGCUGCAUGUGCCACGGGACUUCCUCAACAGCUUCAGUCUUAAUGUUGCUCUGGGUGCUGGCAAAGAGAAUCUAUCCAGUCCACUCCUCAAACAAAGGGGUCGCAUCGCACGAGUUGCCCCCAAGCGGUCAUUCCAACGUCAACAAUCCUUCAUCUGCUGCUGGGAACCAGGCAGAAUUGCCUCGUGAUGCUGUUGCAAGGCUAUGGAAUGUGGCAGCGGCAAUGGCCAAUAUGGGCCCUGUGCCCGUCAACGAGGAGUAUGUGUUGGUCCCAGGAGAGUAUAUGAGGGAAGCAUUGGCAGAGGUUCUGAGGUCCAAAAUUCUUGACAUUACAUUUUCAGGCCAGAAUCUCCGCAGACCCACACAGGUUGCGAGUGAGGUCCAUCGAUACCUGCAGCUGGUGUCCACCCUCCAGAGGGUCAUCCCUUUCGACAUUCUCGCCCCCGUGCAUCGUGUCCUCACUUCCCUCAGCCACGUCCCCACAGCAACGGUGCCGCCCGGCAGCCCACACCCCCAACCCUUGAUCUCCACCAUUGCAGAAUGGUUUGCAGCAAGAGUCAUCGAUGAUGUUGGCGGCCUGGGCAUAAAAUUCCGCCCAUUGCAUCAGGACUUUAUGGACGCGGCGAGGAGGGAGGCAGGCCUGGAUGUGGUUGCGUACACCAGCCUGCCACAGCUGCGGGCAUUGAUUCAGGUGUACGGAACGCAUGCAGUGGUCGAGCUGCAGCGGCGGUGGCGCACAUCGAUGGCUGAAUGCCUGUCGAGUUUUGAGGCGCUUUUGGUGGAAGCUGAACCUCAACUGGGCGAGGUCAUCAGGCAAGGCAUGCAAUUCUACAGCACGUAA